AUGAAACUGCUAUGGCUUUUAGUAUGUCAAAUACUAUCAUAAUUGAAGAAAGAGGCACUAAGACUAUAUCAAUUCUAUCAACUGGAGGAAUUAAAAGUCAAAAAGAAUUGGAUAAUAAUGAAAAUAAUGAUGACAAUGAAGAUAAGAAUAAUGAUAACAAUAAUAGUGAAAACAAUAGUAAAAAUGAUGGUGAAAAUGAUAAUGAAAAUAAUAAUAAAAAUGAUAGUGAUGAUGAUAGUGAAAACAAUAGAAAAAAAAAAGAAAAUAAAAGCAUUAAUAAAAAUAAAAGUGGUUUAGUUACUAUGAAGAGAACGAAGAAUUAA